AUGGAUCCGGCGUUCCCCAAUCCAUCCCAGGACCCAGUGAGUACCCACCCUCACCCCCUUCUCUUGUUCUUCGGGAAGGUAGUGUUGUGGGGUUCCAGUGCAGGGAACUCUGCGUUUAACCCUUCCCCCCCCUCUCUCUCUCUUCCUACUUGCAGAGCCAAGAGGACGGCAUGGCCUCGGAUGACUUUGAUAUCGUGAUAGAGGCCAUGUUGGAGGCCCCGUACAAGAAAGAGGAGGUAAGGAGUGAGUUCUUGAAAGCAGCAGCAGCAGCAUGCCCAACCUGUGAAAAAAGGGGGUUCUUAGCCAUGUUACCAAGAUUGCAGUGUGGUGCCUAAUGCAGUCCCUUGUGUAGCUCCCUUCCCUGAGGGCCUCAACUUGGUUUUUUUUAUUAAAAAAAGUAACGUUUCUAGCUUACGUAGCUGCAUUUUAUUGUUUCCAUUGUUAAUGUAAGGCCACCAAAGAAAUUGGUUAUUGGCUUGCAUAUAGAUGCAGGCCACUGAAGAUGUGAAAUCAUGUUAAUUCAGAGACAAGCUUAUUGGAUCAGGGGUUGCCAGUUGCUUGCCACAAUUCAGUCACCAUACUGCCUGGGGUAUAGAAAAUAAAAUAAAAACGUUCCUUCUCUUUUAUAAGCGUUAGACCACUUGUCCUCUCCAUCCCUGCCAAAGAGCACCCAAACUUUGCAGCAGAAUAACACAUUCCAAAGAAAGCUAUGUGCAUUUGUGCGACAUGCUGUUUUCCCCCUGGCCUUUAUUUGUUUAAGGUAGUUCCGGAAUGCACUUCUUUAGAAGCAGCUCCCAUUAGAAAUCAGUGGGUGCGAAUCUGGCCACGAUUUUGGCGUUUAUCUCUUCCUAAGCAUUGGUUGCAUGUGGCAUUUCGCCCCACCUGCUGUUGUGACCAGAACAACAGCAUCCCAUGCAGAGUCUUGGCUCAUGCAGUUAUUAGCUCGAAAACAACAAAUUCUGUGUUAAUUAAAUCAAGGAAUUUUGUUGUUGAUGAUUCCGACUGCAGGUCCCCGGUCCCGGUCCCCCCCUGGAAACUGAAUGCUUGCCAGGUAAAUGUUCCUGGAGUGGGUUUUGGCAAUAGGAGAGAACUCAGUUUAAUAUCACUGGUAUUUUGGGUAGGCUAAACAGUGGGUGAAACAUUUUUUUUCUUUACAGUAGAAGUUGGGGUUCUCAGGGAAGCAAAUCCUGCACCAGUUUCAAAGUGGGUGUAAGGCAAGCAGAUUUGACCCUUCUUUAAGCAGAGGGAACCCCCCUUGAAAGUUGAGUUGCUGAAUAUCAACUACUUACGACAAUUCUGCGCUGAACAGUAUAUUGUGAUAUUUUUAAAGGAAACAAUUCCUGGUAGUAGAAUGAUGGGCAGGGGGAGUUUUGGUACAUGCCAGAUAUGAAAAGCUAAUAAUUCUAACUUUCCUAAUAAAAUCUCUUUGGUUUCCAAAUUUCAAAAGUGGCUUAUCUCCCUGCCAAAGAGCCCUGGAGGUCCCCCUCCCAGCAUUUGGUGGGGGACAGGCCUAUAUUGGGGUGCAUGUGUGUGCUUUGCUCUUAUGUCCCAGUCUGCUGAGGCAGCUUAAGUACUCAGUUCUUGCAGCUGUGCUCCUAAUUUUUACAAAAGACAAAACAUUAAAAGCGUAGUAUCUUAAAGCAGCUGCACCCUCCAAGGAACGGGAGGGUGCAGCUGCUUUAAUUGUAAGUGUUGGGGUUCUGGGUCCCCCCUCCCAUGCCUUGUAUAAUUAAUGAGCUUGGACGUAGUGCCAGUGAUUCUCCCAGGUCCCUCAGAUGUGCUGCUCUGUGCUAGAUAUAUGGGAAGAAACGUGUUUUGGGUUGUUGUUGUUGUUUUCUUGGUUUGAGUGGGGUGAGGAAUGGUGGAGUGUGUGUAUGCCCCCUCUCCCUGUGUGUCUCAGUGACCCUUCCCUGCUGGGCCCAUCACUCCUGUGUUUGCUCCAGGCCCAGCCAGGACCCUCAAAGCCACCAGCUGAUCCCCCCACAGCACAGGUAAUGUAUGAAAGCGGUCGGGAGCAGCUGGGGGAGGGCAGAGUGGGGCUGGGCUACAAGGCAUACGAGGGAGGAGCAGGGGCUGCAUAUUACCCCCCUCUCUUCUGUCUUCCGACCCUUUUUCCAGCCGCCUCAGGAGGAGCAAGCAAAGGACGCAAAGAAAGAAAGCGCCCCCAGCAGCAGCGGGGAAAGCAGCAGGUGAGUUGGUCUGCUUCCUCUGGCGUUUCCUUCUCCCCUCCCUCUUUCCUGCGCAUCUCUCACCUUCCUUCCUUCCCGAUUACAGCAAAAAGAAGAGGAGCAAGAGUCGUAGCAGGAGCCGUGACCACAGACAUAGGUAGGUAGGGAUGGGCUCCAACGAGCGCAGAGAGAGGAUUGAGCAGUGAGCAAGGAGCUGCGUGGGUUGCUAGUCUAGGACCCCCGCUUGCCAUGGUUGGCAAACAUGCAGCUGUCAGGAGCUUAUUGCCUUCCGUCCUUCCUUUUCCAGGGACUGUGAGAGGGGGAGCACUUCCCCUUGCAUGCUUCCCAGAAAUUGGAGGAUUUGGGCCAGGAUGGUUGGAUUUUAGCUGCAUGCCUGCAUUUCAUCCAGUAUCUUUGGGCAGAUCCAUGCCAUACAUUUAAAGUGCAUUCCGCAGACUUUCCCUGCAGACUUCCCGGGGGAAGGGUCCUGACAGUUGGAGCACUGGGGGGGGGGCAGGACUGCAGUUUCCAGGAUUCUGAACGUGCUUUAAAUGUGUCGUGACCGUGGGGUGAAAGGAGGGCCUGGUAUCGCCCAGCACGCUUAGUUCCCUGUCCUGAGGUAGGAGGCGCAACGAGGACAGUUUGGGGGAGGCUGCCGUGUUUCAUAAUCCUUUCUCGUUCUUCAUGCCUCUUCUAGCCGCAGUCGGGACCGAGACCGCCACCGCAGGCGCAGCCGCAGCAGAGAUCGCCGUAGCCGCCACCGGAGCAGAAGCCGCCACCGGAGCCGCAGCCGGGACCGCAGGCGGGGCAGCCGGUCUCGCAGCAGAGAGCGCCGGCGGGACGAGAGAGUGCGCUACCGGAGCCCCCCACCCCCUGGGUAAGGGACACUGCCACAGUCCUGUCACAAAAGCCCCGGGUGAUCAAAUGUUUGAUGCAAAGAGAGGAAAUAAUUCGUCUUAGCUGUGUCAGCAACAGGGAUGGCUCGAGAGGCUGAGUUAAUGCCCAUGUCAUAGCAGUGGACCAUGUCCCUCUGAGCUUCUCCCUCAGUCUCCUUUCCAUCUCUCCCAAAUCCUCGGCCUGCUCUGCCACAGCAGCGUCUCCAUGACCUGGCUUGAAGCUUUCUCCACCCGUUGCAUAUCCCAGAAACAGUCCUCCCCCCCAAUUUCAUUUAAUGCACAAGUCUCUCUUUUUAAAAAUGAAUUUCAAACUGGAAGCCCAAAGUGGCUGACGAUACACAAAAAUGCAAAUGUAUUGUACAAUACAAAUGAUAUGUACAAUAAUCAAUGUACGUAUCAACCUUUGGCCUUCCGAGUGUUUGCUUAACCACAGCCCGGAUGAUCCUUGACCCUUUGUCGUUAUUGCUGGGGCUGAGGAGGGUUGUAGUUCAGCAGCACCCGGAUGGCGAAAGGUUCCCCACACUGGCUAAACAAUCUGUAUAUAAACAGUAAAGGAUUCCUGCUUCCUAUCUGAACCCUGCCCUGGAAGGUGUUUCAGGUGAAAGAGCAAAGAAGGAAGCAACAGUAUUGGGGAGUGGGUAAUAUAUGGCAGCAGAUAGUAGCCUUUCCUUUGAUAGCUAGGCUGUCACUUGCCUUGGGAUGUUUUCUCUUGGCUUUGAUCUCAAGCAAAUGAGAAAGGACUUGGCAGUUUGUGUAUUUUGACAGUGGUUGCUCUGUUUAUGCUCUCGUGGUUGAACUAGACCAUCUUGCAUUCUGUCCCAUUCCCUUUCCUUGCAGGCGUCGGUUUGGGCACAGCAAGAGUCCCUUGUACAGAGAGAAAAGCCCCCUCCGGUGAGUGUUUGUGACUGGGGAGGGCUGGGUGGUGGUUCUUGGGCCACAUUAAUAAUAACGAUAAUAAUUUUAUUUUUUAUAUGCCACCAAUCUGACUGGGUUGCCCCAGCCCCUCUGGGCACCUUACAGCAAAAUAUAAAAACACAACAAAACAUCAGAUGUUAAAAACUUCCCUAUACAGAUGUCUUCUAAAAGUAAAAAAGUUGUUUAUCUGUUUGACAUCUGAUGGGAGGGUAUUCCACAGGGUGGGUGCCACUACCAAGAGGGUGCUCUGCCUUGUUCCUUGUAACCUCACUUCCGCCAGAAGGCCCUCAGUGCUGGAUCUCAGUGUUCAGGCUGAACAAUGGGAUAGAGACGUUCCUUUAGGUAUACAGGGCUGAGGCCAUUUAGGGCUUUGAAGGUCAGCACCAACACUUUGAAUUGGGCUUGGAAAUGUACUGGGAGCCAAUGUAGAUCCUCUAGGGCUGGUGUUAUAUGGUCCCGGCGGCUGCUUGCAGUGACCAGUCUAGCUGCUACAUUCUGGAUUAGUUGUAGUUUCCCAGUCACCUUCGAAGGUAGCCCCAUGUAGAGCGCAUUGCAGUAGUCAACUAGACCAUGCACCACUCUGGCAAAACAGGGCACAGGCAGGUAGGGUCUCAGCCAGUGUACCAGAUGGAGCUGGUAGACAGUUGCCUUGCAUGCAGAAUUAACCUGCACCUCCGUGGACAACUGUGAGUCCAAAAUGACCCCCAGGCUCUGCUCUUGGUCCUUCAGGGGCACAGUUACCCAAUCAGGACCAGGGAGUCCCCCACACCUGCCCACCCCUUGUCCCCCAGAACCAAUUAGGCUUGUUGAGUUCCUCUUCCCAGGUUUGAACCUCCUUGGCAACUUCUGCUUUUCUCCCACAGGGAGCCCUUGGGCAGCUUGAGCCCAGAGGAGCGUGAUGCCCGCACUGUCUUCUGCAUGCAGCUGGCUGCCCGCAUUCGCCCACGUGACCUUGAGGACUUUUUCUCUGCUGUCGGCAAGGUUGGCCAUUUCCCCUCCGCCCUUCCAUUGGGCUUUGACAUUUGCUUAUUUCUCCCCCCACCCUUCAAGUGCAGACUUGAAACCCACAGUUCCCUCUGUGUUCUGUAUGGUACCCAGUGAUCUCAGCCAGAAACGCCUUUUUAGUCAUCCUCAGCUGCACUUCUAUGGGCUUCCUGCAGCCGUUCAGUCUCUCUUUUUGAGAAUAAUUUUUUAUUAACCGACCAAUCAAAUCAAACCAAAUUACAUAAAUUCCAAAUUACACAGCCAAAUUUUAAAUUUUUGUUGGGGGUACCCAUAUUUCAAGUUCCGAAGGGGAUCCAAUCAACUUCUUGCUUCUUGCUGCUGUUUUAAUGUCCACAAAUCUAACCAUAUGAUGUUCACAGUACUGUCCAGUCCUUUCUUAUUGUUUUUCCACAUCUCUUGUUGUUAUUUUCAUAUAUGCUUCCUUUCUCUUUGUGACCUCUGAUAGUUCCACAAGCUGGUUAAAACAGUUUGUAAUCCUGCGUGGAUAUUAUUUUUUUUAUCCAGUAGCCAUAUCCAGACGUUUUCCAUAUAACAUCACUUCCAUACAUCAAAACAGUCUAGUGUCAUUAAUCUUCACCAAUCUGCCUCCUUUCUCAAAACCUCUGAGGAGAUUCACCAGGAAUGCAGUCUGAAAACAAGUCCGUUCCUCCUCCUGGCUAUAAAUCCUUUGGCAAGAUGGCGACUCUGAAUUAAUUGCUGCGCCAUUCCAAAAGCUCUUAUUGCUUCUUGAUCUCCAUAAAGCAUACUUUUGGUUAAAGUUUAUCUCCACACAGACCUUAAUCAUCCUGCUUGGGUCAGUUCAACCGACGGUUCUAAUGAGGAGGGGUUCUUAGUAAAUCACAUAAAAGGAAAGUAAAAAAGGUCCCCCCCCCCAUUCAGUCCUGUUGCCGACAUACCCAGCCUUUGGUGUAUCUUCAUCGUAAAAUAUUCCUGUUUCUCCAACCCGUCGUCUUCUUUUGCAGUGGUCACUUAAAUUAGCAGACUUCACUCCCCUUCCUCACUUGAAAUAUGUGCAUUUGCUUCUUUUGUAAUUAAUUAUUCCAAAUUGCUGCAGCUAGUGCGCGAUCAGAGACAGCAUCCAGGAGAGCCGAGGUCCACACGGGGGCAUUUUGCCUAGUGCCCUCACCCCCUUCUUUCGAAUUUGGGGGUGAUUUAUGGGCACAGCAGGCAAGGGCAGUGUUCCCCAUUCCCUUGGGGCAACAAGGGAGGCUGCCUACUCCCAUAACAGCCUCUUAAUUACCCCGUGUGGGUCGGAGAGAUGGUAUUGUCGGCCAUCUUCCAAUGCGCCCCUAGUGGCCUCCCCUGCAGCCGUUCAGUCUCUCACUUGCUUCCCCUUGUACCUCCGAGCAGGUGCGCGAUGUGCGGAUCAUCUCCGACCGAAACUCCCGCCGCUCCAAGGGCAUCGCCUACGUGGAGUUCUGUGAGAUCCAGUCGGUACCGUUGGCCAUUGGGCUGACAGGGCAGCGCCUCCUCGGGGUGCCCAUCAUUGUCCAGGCCUCCCAGGUGCGAGACGCGUUUGAGGUGGGAGGGGGGUGGGUAAAGAAACGUUGUAUGUGUGGCCUGAGAAAGAGGAGGAGGGGUGUGGAUUGCGGUAGGUGUGUGUGACCCGGUGAACAAGUUAACGGCAGAAAAUGGAGUAGAGAUGGUGCAGAGAGGUGAAGCAAAGGGGCGUUGGGAGGAACUGGCAGGGUUGGGUUUUUAAGGAAAGGGAUGGAAGUUCUUAAAGCCCAAGCCCAGAGUUACUAAGAUACUCUUUUGGGCAUGUUUGUGCAGCCCAAAGACCAGGGGAUGAGGAGCUGCUUACACUUGGGUAAGACUCAUACCCGGUUCUCAACUUUUUAACACUGUUACUGUUUUUAAUAUUGCGAGCCCUGUUGUGGGAACAAAUGUUUGCAAAAAACAUUUGAUUUUUGAUUUGAUUUUUUAAAACAUAAUGCCUAAUGCUUGCGGCUGUUUCUAAUCCUGCCUGGUUUUCCCUGCCCUUAGGCAGAGAAGAACCGGCUGGCAGCCAUGGCUAACAACCUUCAGAAAGGCAGUGGGGGGCCCAUGCGGCUCUACGUUGGCUCCCUUCACUGCAACAUCACCAAAGAGAUGCUGCGUGGGAUCUUUGAGCCCUUUGGCAAGGUAGGAGGCCAUAACUGGGGUGAGGUGGGAGGGCUGGAGGAGCGAGUGGGCGGAGCGUGGUGGGGGCUCACGGAGUUCUGAUUUGUGGCUUUUUCGUCCUGCGUGCAGAUUGACAGCAUUGUGCUGAUGCGCGACCAGGAUACCGGGCAGUCCAAGGGCUAUGGCUUCAUCACGGUAUGUAUCUCUUCUCACCUGGCUUUGAAGGUGGGUGGGGAGCCUCAGAUACUUCCCUUUUAAAGCACUUUCUUCCCCUGUCAGUUUGCAGAGGCUGAGUGUGCCCGGCGUGCGCUGGAGCAGCUGAAUGGUUUUGAGCUGGCCGGCCGACCCAUGCGGGUGGGGCAGGUCACUGAGCGGCUGGACGGCACCACCGACAUCACCUUCCCGGAUGGUGAUGAGCCCGAGCGGUCGGCCCUUAAUCUCAGCACCACUGGCUCCCAGCUCCAGCUCAUGGCCAAACUGGCAGAAGGUGAGUUUCCUGGUAGGAAUUGAGCAACGAGGAAACUGGGAGAGAUUUCUUCACAUGAAUCAUGGAAACAAACUGAUUUGUUUAUUAAGAAGUGAUAUGCCACGCAGGGAGCAAUAAAAGCAAUAUUAAAACAGGCUGGAGACAAGAAGACCGAUGUCUGGAGAGCAGCAGUCUUUAAAAGCUUGGUACUACAAUUGAGGGUGUUGAUUUGAUGGGAAGGAAAUUUUACGGAAGGGAACGGGUGCCACCAGGAAGGCACCUGCUUCUAGUAGAUAUCUGCCUAGUUGCCUCUAGGGGUGUACCUUGCAAAUAGGACCUCUAGAUCUCUGUUUUCAAAGGAUUGUACAGUAGAAGACGGUCCUUCAGAUAUCCUCUUCCCAGGCCUUUUUGGUCUUAAAACCUUUGAACUCUCUUUGACUGGGAACACACCAAAAUCAAGUAGUUGGGCAAUACUCAGGACCGCAGUACCUCAAGGACUGCCUCUCCAUAUAUGAACCCGGACCCUGCGAUCACCAUCUGAGGCCCUUUGUGUGCCUCUUCCACAAGAGGUCCAGAAGGUGCCAACACACAAACGGGCCUUUUCUGCAGUGGCUCCCCACUUACAGAAUGCUCUCCCCAGAGAGGCUCACCUGGCAGCUUCAUUGGAUAUCUUUAGAUGCCAGAUGAAAAGGUUCCUUUUCUGUUGGCCUUUGUCGAAUUUAAUUGUGCGGGUGGGUGGUGUAUUGUUUUUGUUUGCUGUUAUGUUAUAUAUUUUUGUGUUUUUUUAUUGUGAACUGCCCUCUGAUCUUCGAAUGAAGGGUGGUAUAGAAAACAAUAAUAAUAGUUCUUGUAUUAUGACCAGCUGAAAUGUCACAAAACAUUGAGCAACCUUCCAAGUUCUCCAGAACUCUUAAUGAAGCCGGAGGUUAUGCACACCCAGGGUGAGGGUGGGGUGGAGGGAUGAGGAAAUCACAAUACUCCAGCCUCUCUUCUAUAUUUUCGUUAUUAACAGUUAUGGUAGUGGGCAAGGAGAAGAAGAAGUAGGUUGCCCCCUAGUUCAGGUAUAGAGAACUUCAGCCCCACCCACACCUGUUGGCUAAUUACACCUUUUCUUGCAUUGGUUCUAUUAGAGGGGAUGGAAUAAAUCUGUAUCCCUUCCUCUGUCUCUGUCAGCACAUAACAGCUCCUUCUAAAUUAGAACCCUUUGAUGUACUUCAUCUUCUGUUCUCAUGGAGAAAAGAGUUAGUGUGGCAGAAGCAGGAACACUGCGCCUCCCUUUGGCUGCAGAGUAGGGUCUGCUUCCCUUCUUCCCCAGGCCCCUCAGUUCAACAUGACAGGAGUCUUGCUUUUUACAGAGGUCAAUGCUCUCUGCUAUGAUCUCCAGAUAGCCUGCCUCAUAAGAUUGCGAGGAUAAAUUAUUAGAGGGUGCUGUCCUCUCUGGCCCUUCGUGAUAUGCUGGGAAGGAAAUCAGAAUAAUAUGAUGGGGAGAGGAGACACUAAGAGGACAGUUGCGGUUCCUGCAGAAUUGUCCGAAAAGAUUACAGUUGACCGUUUUGUGGGAAGGAGAGCAAAAAAAGUUCAUUGGAUUCAUCAUAACAGCUUUUACUGUUUUUGAGCAUUUAGUCAUCCUAAAUGAGAGAUCCCCUUGGAAUCCUUCAGUUGCUUCGGAGAGUUUGUGUGGCCACCUGCAGUUGAGGGGUGGAGAUUGGAGGGAGCUUCUGUGCACCGAAAAGUGCCUAUCACUAACCUCAGACUGGGUUUGCGGGGAGUGCAGGGGAAACUUUUGAAAGGGUCCUCAUUCACGUCCCAAUAUACUUGUGGCUCAGGCAGCAGCCUAGGGCAAAGAGUUGUUAAAUCACUUAAUGCCUUCUGCUAAGGAAAUGCUUGUUGGAUGAAAAUGUGUCUGUGGCUGAGUCUCCCCUUUGGGUCUUCUCCCCUUUCAGCAGGUUCCGGGAUUCCCUUGUCAACUACAGCCGCGGCUCAGGCGGCCCUGCAGCUCAACGGAGCGAUACCCCUGGGAGCACUGAACCCAGCUGCCCUGACAGGUAAGGUGGGGAAUGUGUGCGAUCCAUUGGAUGGGCUUGUUUGGGGGUGGGGGAGGUGACCCUGAUGAGAACCUUGAGAGACAUGAGGUCCAGCCACAAUCUUUAAUAAAGCAUCUUUAGCAAGGAGACAGACCCCUGACCGUUGUUGUACACUCCUGGGAAUUGUGUCUGGAGAUGCCUCUUUAUACUGAGCAAGAUUUGGCCCCAUUUGUCUGCUCUGACUGGCAGCGUUCUCCACGGUCUUGGGGAUAGGUCCUUUCUACCUCUGCUACAUGAGCUUCUCUAAACUGGAGAUGCUGCAGAUUACGGAAAUACGGGUCACUCUGCGUUCAAGGCAUGCAUUCUGCUAUUCUCCAGUGGAUCAAGUUUUCCUAACUUGGUGCUCUUCAGAUAUUUUUGAACCAUAAACUCCCAUCACCGCCUAAUAUUGACGAUGCUGUCUGGGGCUGAUGGGAAUUUGUAGUCCAAUCUCUUGAGGGCACCCAGUAAGGGAAGGCUAAAAGGUAAAGGGACCCCUGACCAUUAGGUCCAGUCGUGGCCGACUCCGGGGUUGUGGCGCUCAUCUCGCUUUAUUGGCCGAGGGAGCCAGCGUACAGCUUCCAGGUCAUGUGGCCAGCAUGACUAAGCCGCUUCUGGCGAACCAGAGCAGCACAUGGAAACACCAUUUACCUUCCUGCUGGAGCGGUACCUAUUUAUCUACUUGGACUUUGAUGUGCUUUCGAACUGCUAGGUGGGCAGGAGCAGGGACCAAGCAAUGGGAGCUCACCCCGUUGCGGGGAUUCAAACUGCCGACCUUCUGAUCAGCAAGUCCUAGGCUCUGUGGUUUAACCCACAGCGCCACCCAGAUCCAAGGGAAGGCUACCCUGGCCUUAAUCCAACCAGACAUUUGCCCAGCCUGCUUACAUAGGUCUCAGCUAAGAAGCUUGAGUAGCUCCCUAAGGCAUGAACCUGUUUUACCACUGUCUUGUUUGGGAAUUUCUUCCUUAAACAAAAAUAUCUCUUAUUGUUUUCCUCUGUCCUUCUCCACUUCUAGCUCUCAGCCCAGCACUGAACCUGGCUUCACAGACAUUGGCUUCCCAGUGCUUCCAGCUUUCGGGCCUCUUCACUCCCCAGACAAUGUGAGUGGCUGAAUCACAGAGAUGGGUGGGGUGGGGGGCAAGGGUUGUGUACUAUGUGCCGGGAAAUACAAUGGUGCCUGUUUAAUUUGCCUCAGCUAGAUUGGGCUGAUACUCUCUUAAAUUGGUGUGUGGAAAUGGAGUCGUGCUGGCCUAGUGUUCUCCCGCAUUCCCAAAAUGCACUGCCAGGCAGCUCCCUUCCUCCCUUAUCCCCGAGUCCCCCUCACUUCUAAACUUGCUACUCACAGAUGCCAGGAUGCCCACCAGUGUCUUGACAGUUCUCCUCAGGAUAUACUUAGUUUUCACAUCAAACAACUUCUGUGUGAUUUUUCUGAGCUGCAAUAUUUUGGCAUGAAACCUAUGUGGCAAAGUGAGGUGGAAAGAGAGAGGUGGUUUGCCAGAAAUGGUUUUCCAGCCUUUUCUUUUUUCUUUUCUUUUCUUUUUUUUUUUGUCUGCAACCUUGUGGCUCAGAAAAUUCUACUUUUAGAAACCGACACACAAAGGCCUCAUCUGCCCUCAGUAUUUUAUGUUGGUUGCGUGCAUGAAAUCUGUGCAACUGGAUGCUGGACGGAGAGGGAUUAUACUGUACCUUCCUAAUCCAUGUAUCUCUCUCCCCCCAGGUAA